AUUGCCUAAUACCAAAACCCUAAAUUAAGCCCAAGCCCAAGCCCAACACUCACCCGCCUUCAGUUUUCUCCUUCGCAUUUCAGUAUAGUUUCAUUUUCUUUUAAUUUUCUUUUUCUUAAAUCACCCAGUUUGGUUUUGGUGUAUUCCUGCUUCAAAGGUUAUUUCUUCGAUUCAGUUCUCUGAUUCCCACUAGGUUAUAGGGUUUUUUUGCUUCUGUCUCUUUCGGAUUAAAUAACAGAGCUUGUAAAGAUGGACGAUUACCAAGAAAUGGAGAGAUUUGGGAUGGAGAACGAUUUCGAAGAUGGGCAAUGGAUAAACGGCGAAUUUUAUUACAAGAAUCGCAAAGAAAAGCGCAAGCAGACUAAAGACGAUGUUUUGUACGGUGUUUUCGCUGAUUAUUCUGAUUCUGACGACGAUUAUGAUGGCGGCUCUUCAAGAAAACGGAAAAAAGACCGUGAUUUUGGACGGAAAGCUGACCUGACUAAGCCUGUCAAUUUUGUCUCCACAGGUAAAGUCAUGCCUAAUCAAGAAAUUGAUAUUAGUAAUAACAAUAAUGAUAGUUUAAAAGAAGAAACUGUUGAUGAUGAUAUGUUUGCCGAUGAUAAUGACAGGGUAGGGUUAGGGGCUGGUUUGGGGUCAGGGCUAGGAUUUAGUGCAGGGUUAGGGUUUACUAAUAAUGGGGUUAAAAAAACUAAAGGAAGCAUGGAUUCUGAUGGUGGUGGUGGUGAGGAUGAGGAUGAAAAGAACUUUUUGCCGACCGAAUUUGGGAGGAGGAUAAGAGAGGGGGCGCAAAGGAGAGAGCGAGAGAGAUUGGAGAAGAAAGAAAAGGGAGGAUUAGGAGGAGGGAGAAGGGAAGUGAAAGGUGGGGAUGUUGGGGAGUUUGAGAAGCAUACAAAAGGAAUUGGGAUGAAAUUGUUGGAGAAAAUGGGGUAUAAAGGAGGUGGGUUGGGGAAAAAUGAGCAAGGAAUUUUAGCGCCAAUUGAAGCGAAGCUGAGGCCAAAGAAUAUGGGUAUGGGGUUCAAUGAUUAUAAAGAAACUUCGGCUAAAUUGCCACAAUUGGAGGAGGAGAAGAAGAGUGUGAGUAUAAGUCAGAGCCAAAGUUUGAGUCAGGGGAGAGCAAAGGAGAGGUUGUGGAUGAAGGGGAGGAAGAAGAAGAAAGAGGAGUAUAUAACAGCAGAGGAGUUGUUGGCAAAGAAGGAAGAAGAGGGUUUUCAUGUUGUACAAAAGGUGCUUGAUAUGCGGGGGCCACAAGUGAGGGUUCUGACAAAUUUGGAUAACUUGAAUGCUGAAGAGAAAGCUAGAGAAAAUGAUAUCCCGAUGCCAGAACUUCAGCAUAAUUUGAGGUUGAUUGUGGACAUGGUGGAAGUUGACAUUCAGAAGAUUGAUAGAGACUUAAGAAAUGAGAGGGAGACCGCAAUUAGUCUGAAGAAUGAGAAGGAGAAGUUGGAAAUGGAAGCUGCUCGCCAGAAGAAACAAUUGGAUAACAUGGAGGAAAUCAUGAAUAUGCUGAGCUAUAUUGAGGAACAGAAUUCUUCUGGAACCUUGACGUUAGAUUUGUUAGCAAAGUGUUUUACUGACUUAAGAAGGAAAUUUGCAGACGAUUACAAGCUUUGCAACUUGUCUUGCAUUGCUUGUUCAUUUGCUUUACCUUUGUUUAUUAGGGUAUUUCAGGGAUGGGAUCCUCUCAGAAAUCCAUUGCAUGGUUUGGAACUCAUAGAGUUAUGGAAAAAUGUUUUGCAAGGGGAUGAAAGUAAUGAUAUAUGGGAUGUAGGUACACCUUACACUCAGUUAGUAUCAGAAGUAGUUUUUCCUGCUGUAAGAAUAUCUGGCAUUAAUACAUGGGAGCCUAGGGAUCCUGAACCUAUGCUCAGAUUUUUGGAGUCAUGGGAGAAGUCAUUGCCUGCAUCAGUUGUCCAGAGCAUAUCAGAUAAUGUGGUCUUGCCAAAGUUGUCUAGUGCAGUGGACUCAUGGAACCCUCAGCUGGAGACUGUCCCAAUCCAUGUUUGGGUGCAUCCAUGGCUGCCACUGCUGGGACAGAAAUUGGAGUAUUUAUAUGAGAAAAUACGGAUGAAGUUGUCCAUGGUUCUUGAUCGAUGGGAACCAAAUGAUACAUCUGCAUACACCAUCUUGUCUCCUUGGAAAACUGUUUUUGAUUCAGCUAGUUGGGAACGUCUAAUGUGUAGAUUUAUAAUUCCUAAAUUGGAGGUUGCACUGCAAGGGUUCGAAAUAAACCCAGUUGAUCAGAAGCUUGAUCAAUUCUAUUGGGUCAUGUCAUGGGCUUCUGCAAUUCCUAUACAUUUAAUGGUUGAUAUGAUGGAGAGGUUUUUCUUUGAAAAGUGGCUGCUAGUUUUGUAUCAUUGGCUGUGCUCAAGUCCAAACUUACAGGAGGUUCAUCAAUGGUAUAUAGGUUGGAAGGGACUCUUUCCACCAGAGCUGCAGGCACAUGAACAUAUUCGGUAUCAAUUUACUCGCGGCCUUCAAAUGAUUGAUAAGGCCAUUGAAGGUAUGGAAGUGGUUCAACCUGGUUUGAGGGACAACCUUACUUAUCUUAGGGCACAAGAGCAAAGGCAGUUUGAGGCUCAGCAGAGAGCUGCAGUACAUGCAAAGCAGCAAUCUGCGAUGGGUAUGGCAAGCACAUCCCAGGCAGACAGUAUGGGUGCUGGCCCUCAGAUGACUUUGAAAGAAGUUGUUGAGGCCCAUGCACAACAACAUGGAUUGCUAUUCAAACCUAAAUAUGGCAGGACAUUCAAUGGGCAUCAAAUUUAUGGCUAUGGUAACAUAAGCAUUUAUGUGGACUCUGUACAUUUACGGUUGUAUGCCCAGAAGGAUGAAGAUUGGUUCCUGACAAGUCUUGAUAAGUUGCUUGAGAUGCAUAACAAAUCUUUUACAAAGAGACGGUGAGAUUUGAGCUCCUGGGGAGUUUUUGGGUUGUGGAACCGUGUCUUGAAAAGCAGGCGAUGCUUUUUAGUGAAUAUAGGCUGUACGCAUCAGGCAUAAAUUAUUAACAGCUUAGCUUUUUGUAUUCUUUAUGUGUAUUAGGGACAGGGCUUUUUGUUGUAAGAAAAGAAAAGUUGAACUGAUCUUUGUGGACAUUACCUUAGUUAUUAUGCAUUACUCUGAUUUGUGUA